AUGACUUCCAUGGUUAUGCCAAGUAGAUGUUCAUGUACCCCACAAACCGGAUGCGGGGUUAACAUGCACCGCCGUCGACCCAGUCCCUCGGCUCGUUUCUUCGGUGUUUGGUUUGCAGGAUAGAUGCCGGCACGCACGAACACAGGUGCAUCUCGGACAGUAUCCCCCAUUCGGCAGUGGUUUCUGUUGUUUUGUUGAGGUGUUGAGGGUGUUGAACUGUCAUGUCCAACAUCCCUGUCUCCCCAAGGGCGUACAGCGUUCGAGGUUCAAGUGCUUUACGGGUCGUGGACCGAGGUUGAUUAGUUAUCAAAUCCAUCUUCAUCCCCAACCAUCUUUGUUCCGUGGCAUCGUUCACAACAACUUCCGCCGCCUACUUAUACCGUCUGUACAAUCACUAUCUAUGACGAAAUCUGAUCUAUAAUCACGUCGUCCACGCCUUUGUCAUCUCUGCGAGACCCUACAAGUCGCCACCGCAACCAUGGCCCCGCCCAAGAUCACGCUUUACGUUGACACCGUCAGCCCGUUUGCCUACCUGGCGUAUUACAUUCUCCGGCACAAUGAGGUCUUCAAGGGGUGUGAUAUCACCUACGUGCCCAUCUUCCUCGGCGGUUUGAUGCACAAGUGCGGCAACACCGCGCCCAUCAAGAUCAAGAACAAGGACACAUGGAUCAACGUCGAACGCCUCCGCUGGGCGCGGAACUUCUCCGUGCCCAUGACGACCGGCCUGCCGCCCGACUUUCCGGCGAACACGCUGCCCAUCAUGCGCGCGCUCUGCGGCCUCGCCGAGUCCGAUGCCACCGACGGAUCCGGCCAGCAGCCGCGCCUAAUCAAGGCGCUCGACGCCUUCUACUCGCAGUACUGGGAGCACGCCGCCGCGACGCACAAGCCCGAGGUGCUGAAGGAGACGAUGGUGGGCUUGUUUGGGGAGGCCGAGGCCGAGAAGAUUCUCCAAGCAUCCACCGCCCCCCCAGCCAAAACCGCCCUCGCGACCAACACCGACGCGGCCUUCGCGGCCGGCGCGUUCGGCCUGCCGUGGCUCUACUGCACCAACAGCGCGGGCGAGAGCGAAGGGUUCUUCGGCGUGGACCACCUGGGCCAGGUGGCGCAGUUUCUAGGGCUGGAGAGGCCUGUUGGGCCGGUUGGGAAUGGGAAGGAAGGGGAGGGGGAGGGGGAUGGGAGUGGAAAGGGGUGGAGGGCGCUGCUUUAACUUUUG